AUGGGGACUACACCUGUUAUUGUCCAAGAACAACUGCCCUUCUACGACACUACCCCGGUGCCCAAAUCAUGUUCACCGUACUGGAUGGCGCGCCUACGGGACAGCAUUCCGUUGUCCGCAAUAUCGAUUCCCGGCACACAUUCAACGCUCGCUCUUCACGGAGGCGCCGCUACGCAGUGUCAAGCAUGGUCGCUGUCGCAGCAGCUGGAGGCCGGCAUCCGAUUUCUCGAUGUACGUUGUAGACAUUACCGCAACAAGCUGUAUAUAUACCACAGACACGUAUCGCAGAAGUUCGACCUGCACAGCGUGAUUCUCGAAUGCGAAGAAUUCCUGAAAGAGCAUCCCAGCGAGACUAUCCUGAUGCGAAUUAAGAGAGAGCACACUGAAGAGAAGAAUUCGGUUUCCAUGGAUUAUAUUGUUAGGGAUUACAUCGAAUCACGCGGUGGAACCUGCGCAUUCUGGAUGUCCAGUAACAUUCCAGUCUUAAGUCAGGUAAGGGGCAAGAUCGUAAUUAUCUACGACUACGAAGAAGCGACCCUCGGCAUCAACUACUGGGCUUUGAACGUAGCCGACGAGUGGGAUGUGUCCGGGCCGUUACAUGUUGACCGUAAAUGGCAUCAAGUAAAAUGUCAUCUCGAAAAGGCCACGGAAGGUGACUAUAAUAUGUUCAUCACUCAAUGCAGCGCUUCGAGUCCCCAUGACUGCUCGUAUCCGCAUUACGUAGCCCAGUACAUCAAUGAGAUGGUGUACGACAUGCUAAGCGAAACUCAACAAUGCUGGGGCGUGGUGAUCACAGAUUUCCCUGGAGCUGAACUCAUACAGGCGAUCGUUCAAACCAAUUUCGACGAGGACGAAAUGCCAGAAGACCUACUCACAGCUGAAUAA